AUGCAAAAUUCACGUUCACAUUUGACGAUUGCGGUGACUGUAGAGGUACUGCAAUAGCCAAAUUUUCUCGUGCUGUGUUUCCAGAAGGCACACAGCUCCCUUCCAAUCUAUAUAAGUGCUCCGUUCUGCAGAUGUCAUUUACGUGUGUAUUCAGCGCAGUAUUGCCAACUGUCAGAUACCCAACACACCCUGUGUUGCCUGUCUUCUCGUUGGUAAGAAGAAACGUGUUUUGUGCAGAAUUUUCAGUUCUUCGUUUUCGGUUCAGAAUUUUGUUUGUAAACACGAGUGUGGCGAAAAAAACUUAGCCAAAUAUAAUUGAAAAAAUAGCUUUAGUGUUUUGCUCUAUACAACACAGUCGUACAAACAUAAAACGGCAGGGAAAACAACAACAACGUUAAGAAAAACAAAAACGACAAAAACAACAUAGGAAUCAGCCAUUAACCAACAGAGCCCGAGCCGUAGCCGUAGCCAUAGCCAGCCAACGAACGACAGAGCCAAAAAGUAAAGUGGAAUAAAUAGAAGAAGGAAGGUGAGCUGCAAACGGAGCAGGAUCGAUCGGAUGUAUUGAAAAGAGAAGUGCGCAAAGCGUGCGGAAAACAUUUCGAAUUUGGAAAAAUCUUUUGAAAACGAAAAAAGUAAAAACCUUGAGUUUUGACUGCCCAAAACGACGAAAAAGGUGUUAAUAUUAGCAACAACGAGACAGUGGCCGAAUGUGAAUAGUGUGCAAAACGUGCAAGUGAAAAAUUAGUUAUAUAUUUUUUGUUACAAGAAAAGUAUUUUAGAGAAGACAGUAAUCGUGUAUAAUGCAAAUAGAGCAAUCAUAAUAUAAAAACAAACGCACAGUAACGCAACCAACCGCAUUUGUGGUGCAGCGCUAAAGCAUUUUUUCAUUCCGGAAAGUGAAGAAAAGCAGUAAUAGGAAAAAAGGCGCCGCAUACAAAUGGAAUUCUACCCCCACCAAAAGCAACCACAUACAACUCAGCAAGUGGAUGACGGUUCUAUAUCCGGCCCGGCAACCAACACAAAUACUAUCAAUAGUAACAACAACAGCAACAUUAACAGUGUUCGCAGCACAAACAACACCUCACCCACCUCCAACACAAUAAAUUCUACAGCAACAACGGUCGGCGUCGACGCUGCCACUGUAGCCAUCGCCAAGGAUAUGCUCCAGUUGCAUCAUGGCAGUGGUACGGUACUGACUAAUAAUAACAAUAACACUAGCAAUAGCAGUAAUAAUAAUAGUAGCUCUGCCAUGGAGGCCAUGAAUACCACAACAUCAUCUAACGCCAACACCAAUUCGGUUGCUGCAGCUGGUAGCAGCAGUACAACCAAUACUGGUGUCGGAGCCAACGUUGGUCCUGCACCAACAACACCGAAUACCAAUCACCCACCUGCCCAUGCCACAGCCACCACCAAUUCGGAUGGUGGUGCAUCUGGCGUUUCAACGGCACCAGAUAACGCGCUCGGUUUUCUGAAAUACGAUCAGGAAUUAUUAUACAUCACCGAGCCAUGCACUAUUAUCGGACGCAACUCAUCCACAUCGCAUGUACAUUUUCACGUGGCGGAGAACAAUUUGGUAUCGCGAAAGCAUUUCCAGGUUCUUUACGAUGGAGUUGCGCACGAUUUUUUCGUACAGUGUCUAAGUAAAAAUGGCAUUUUUGUCGAUGACUUCUUGCAGCGACGCAAUGCCGAUCCACUUCGAUUGCCUAGCAGAUGUUACUUUCGCUUUCCCAGUACCGAGAUUCGCAUACAAUUUGAGAGUUUUGUGCUUGGCACCUUGAGUGCCGGAGCGCUAAACAGCUCGGCUAGCAGUGGCGUAUCAUCCGUUCCGUAUCAUAACAAUAGCCAUCAUAACGUCGGAGCCCUACAGAAUAAUAGUGGUAUAGGAGGUGGUGGCAAUAGCGGUCCUGCUCAGUUUAUUAUUUCGCCUGCGCCUCCAGAUGAUCAUCAUCUUCCACAUGUGGCGACUGGUUCUUCAGCGCAUGCGUCAACACAUGGCGCUCAUCACCAUCAACAGCAUGUGUCCUCGAAUACAGUGUCGUCUUCGACUCACCUGCUGCCACAUAUGGACAAUUCGAAUGUUUAUUCGCCACUAAAGAUAUCCAUACCGAAGAAGGAGCAAAAGAGUCCAUAUCUCUCACCAACUGGUACAAUAAGUGCUGCUAAUAGUUGCCCAGCCAGCCCGCGCCAAGGUUUUCAUCAAAAUCAAGCCAAUUACAACAACAAUUUACAAAACCAAGAUUUAUUCCAAACACCAUCAACAGCUAGCUACUACCACAAUGAGAAACCACCAUACAGCUAUGCUCAGUUGAUUGUGCAGGCUAUUUCGGCAGCACCGGAUAAACAAUUGACUCUAUCGGGCAUUUAUUCUUUCAUUGUCAAACAUUAUCCGUACUACCGUAAGGAAACUAAUAAAGGCUGGCAGAAUUCUAUUCGCCAUAAUCUCAGCUUGAAUAGGUAUUUCAUUAAAGUGGCACGGUCUCAAGAUGAGCCCGGUAAAGGUAGUUUUUGGCGCAUCGAUCCCGAUAGUGGCGCCAAAUUGAUUGAUCAUAGCUACAAGAAGCGCCGUCAGCGUAGCAGCCAAAGCUUUCGCCCAUCAUAUGGUAUGCCACGUUCGGCACCAGUCUCACCGAGUCAUAUGGACAAUUCGCGUGAGAGUUCACCGCUACAGGAUUUUGUUUUGCAAUCGGCCCCAGGCUCGCCGGGCAUGUCACUCGAGCAGCGAGCUGCCGAUGGUGAUCUUAUGUACAACAACACAACUCAGAAUAUGCACCAAUCGACGGCUAACAAUUCCCACAAUCAAUACAACAGUAGCGGAAGCCCAUACUAUGUUUCAAAUCAAAAUUCAGCUAUAACUGGUGCACAGCAACAACAUCAACAGCAGCAACAGUUACACAAUGAGAGUGGAGUUGUGGUUGGCAGUAGCGGAAAUGGUGUUGGCGCCUUGAUUGCACUCAAGCGCAAUCAUGCCAUGGCAGCUGGCGCACAACAACAGCAACAAGUGCAAACGCUGCAUCCUGACAUAAUCUACGAGGAAAUGCCAACUGAUUACAGUGGCAAUAUGGAAUCGGGCGAUGAAUGUGGCAGCAUUGGUGGCGGUAAUAGCGGUGGUUCUAGUGAUGCUGCCAAACGCUCCAAAUACAUUUCCGAUGUACUCUGAUGUGUUGCUGUUGCUGUUUCUGUUUCUUCUAAUGUUUGCAAGUAAUUAAGAGAAUUCAACAUAAAACAAAACAAAAUAUUUAAUAUUUAUCUGACAAACAUUUGCCACCACAAAAUACCGCAUACACGCAUACAUAUAAUACUAGAUAAAAACACGCGCUCACAAACAUAUUUAUACCUCUACCCCGAAUGUAAAAAAAUGUGUUAUACAUAAAUCCCAAUUCAGAAAUCGGAAUUGUUUGAACCGUCAAGUCCGCACUAAGGAAUAUGAAAAAAAUCAUUUUCCCUUUAACCUAUUUUUCCUUACAAAGGCAAGCCAUCCAUGAAACCUUGUAUCAAGUUUUUAUUACUAAAUAUGUGUCUACAAGCAGCAAAUAGUGCUUUUAAUAUUUUAUAUGCAUUUUUUUAAGUUUCGAUCAAACUGUCGUCUUUUAACUAAAUUGACUGCAAGUAAUAUAUAAGUACUACAAAGUAUAUUUUAAUAUGUUUCCGAAUUGGGCUAACAAAAAUUACUUAAAACAGCAGCAGUGAGCCGGCGCAUAGUAAAAGAACAUUGUAACUCAAAACAGAUUGUAAAAAACACAAAGAUGAAGAGAAAACAAAAUCACAAAACUAAAGGAAUCUUGAAAACCAACUAGUAAUGAAACAUUUUUAUUAACACACCAUCGGUAUAUUGAAUUUGACAAAGUAUGUGAACAAGAAAUAAUUGUUUUAUUAUUUUUAUUCAAUCUGAAAUGUGAAUAUACAAACACCCUCUACUACUUUAA